AUGUCGUUUAUAUAUCCUCAACCAAUGAGUUAUUAUAAUCACUCUAAUUCAUCCUCAGAUAAUACCACCACAACCUCUACCACUAAUACAACAAUGACAAUGGAUAUUCCUAAUUGUCUUACUCCUACUAUUAAUCUUGAAGAUCAAUUGAAAUUGAUGAAACAACAAUUAUCAUCCAAUUCAAACUCAAAUUCUAUUUCAACAACUAAUUUCACUAAAACUAAUAAUAAUACUACCACCACCACUACCACUACUACUACAACAACAAAUUCGCACGUCUCAUCUCCUAGUGAAACUUUGCAACCAUUAUCACCACCAUUAUCACCUUAUCAAAGAAAUGCUACAUUAUAUUCCAUUAAACAACCAUUACCUCAAUUACCAACCAAAUUACCAACUAAAUUACCAACUUGUAAUCCUAAUAGUAAAUCAUAUUUAGUUAAUGGUAACAAUCAUAAUGAAUUUAAUUUAGAAAAUUUUAAUGAUUAUAAAUUAACUAUCAAUAUUAAACCAAUUUCUAAAAAUUAUUAUUAUAAUCAAUUGAAAUUUUUAAAUAAAUAUGAUAUUAAAAGAAAUUUUAAUCAUAAUUCUAUUAUGGGGGUCAAUAAUAUUAGUGGUACUUUACCAAUAAGAAAAUAUAAAAAAAGAUUAGUAUAUGAUUCUUCUAAUGAUGAUAUUACUUCUACUACUAAUAAUAAUACCGAUGUUGAAAGAAUUAGAACUAGAAGAGUUGUUAGAUCUUCUGGUAAUACUAAAUUAGAUACUGAUACUGAUUAUGAUUAUAAUUAUAAUUAUGAUUCAUUAAAUAAUCCAUCAACACCACUUGCACCAAAAAAGAAGAAUAAUAAGAAGAAGAAGAAAGUUAAUCCUCCUCAUGGUCAUUCUUCAUCUUCAUCUUCAUCUUCAAUACCAAUAUUGACAUUACAACAACAAUUAAUUGAUGAAUCUAUACCUGAUUAUUCUCCAGAUGUAACAACAACAUUACCUCCUAAUAACUCUAAAUGUUUAAAAAUUGAUUGGAAAGGUCAACCAAUGGAUUUAUCUAAUGAUCCUAAUUUAAAUAAAUUGAAACAUCCAGGAGAAAUUUUAUUGGCUAGUAUAUUAAGAUUACCAAUUGCAGUUUAUUUAGAUUCAAAACGAAGAUUAUUUUAUGAAAAAGUAUCAAGAUUAAAACAAGGGAAAAGUUUUAGAAGAACUGAUGCUCAAAAAGCUUGUAGAAUUGAUGUUAAUAAAGCAAGUCGAUUAUUUGCUGCUUUUGAAAAAGUUGGUUGGUUAAAUGAUGAAUUAUUUGAAAAGUAUUUAUAA